CCCCUCAAUCCCCCCACUCUCACUUCCCAGGUUCUUGAGUUUGCAGCAAUCGGGCAGGCUCCGCGCUCCGGGCCGCCUCCGCGCACCAGGUGGCUUCUGGACUCAGUCCACUGACUCACAGCUUCUAGUCUCACAGUUCACUCACUAACGGGUUCUGGACUCGCAGUUCACUCACUCACGGCUUCUGGACUCACAGUUCACUCACUCAUGGCUUCUGGACUCACAGUUCACUCACUCACGACUUGUGGAUUCAGUUCACUCAGUCACGGCUCGUGGACAGACGGUUCACUCAGUCACGGCUUGUGGACUCACGGUUCACUCAGUCAUGGCUUAUGGACUCACGGUUCACUCACUCACGGCUUGUGGAGUCGCUGUUCACUCGUGGCUUGUGGACUCGUGGUUCACUCACGGCUUGUGGACUCGCGGUUCACUCACUCACGGCUUGGGGACUCGCGAUUCACUCUCACGGCUUGUGGACUCACAGUUCACUCAGUCACGGCUUGUGGACUCACAGUUCACUAAGUCACGGCUUGUGAACUCAGUUCUCUCACUCACGGCUUGUGGACACAGUUCACUCAAUCACGGCUUGUGGACUCAGUUCACUCAGUCACGGCUGCUGGACACACAGUUCACUCACGCACGGCUGCUGGACUCAUAGUUCACUCACUCACGGUUUGUGGAUACAGUUCACUCUACCCCCAAUACCAUGUAUUCUAAUUUUACACACUAAUCUCCUGUAUGGGAUUUUUGAAAGUCCAGAUACACCACUUCCACUCGCUCUCCCAUAUCCAUUCUACUUGUUACAUCCUCAAAAAAUUCCAGAUUAGUCAAGCAUGAUUUCUCCGUCAUACAAUCAUGCUGACUUUGACCGAACCUGUCACUGCUUUCCAAAUGCGAUGCUAUUACAUCUUUAAUAACUGACUCAAGCAUCUUCCCCACUACCGAUGUCAGGCUAACUUUGUUUCCUCUCACCUUCCUUUCUUAAAAAGUGGGGUUACGUUAGCUACCUUCCAGCCCACAGGAACUGAUCCAGUGUCCAUAGAACAUUGGAAAAUAUUCAUCAAUGCAUCCACAAUUUCUAGGGCCACCUCCUUAAGUAUUCUGGGAUGCAGACCAGCAGGACCUACGGAUUUAUCUGCCUUCAGUCCCCAACAGUUUACCAAACACUAUCUGUUGUGCUACUUCAAGGUAGCACAAGCAGAGGAUUUGUGUCCGGGAAUCUGAAACGCAUUCAGUUCACCAGCACCUGAAUGUGUGAGAGGCAUUCACAGCAUGGAGAAAUUAUUCCCCAGCUCUGUGUGUGGGCAGGGAUUCACUGAACCUUCCCACCUGGUGCCCCACCAGCAGGUUCAUCCUGUGGAGAAACUAUUUGUCUGUCCCGAUUGUGGGAAGGGAUUCACUCAAACCUACAACCUGAAACGACACCGACAAACUCACACCGGUGAGAGGCCGUUCACCUGUUCUGAGUGUGGGAAGGGAUUCAUUGGAUCAUCUGAGCUACUUAGGCACCAGCGAGUUCACACUGGAGAGAGGCCAUUCAUCUGCUCUCUGUGUGGGCGGGGGUUCACUGAUACCUCCCAACUGGUGGCCCACCAACGAGUUCACACUAAGGAGAAACCAUUUGCCUGUCUUGAUUGUGGGAAGGGAUUCACGCAAACACGCUAUCUGAAGAGGCACCAGCAGAUUCAUACAGGGGAGAGGCCGUUCACCUGUUCUGAGUGUGGGAAGGGAUUCAUUCAAUCUUCAGAGCUGCUGAUGCACCAGCAAAUUCAUACUGGGGAGAGGCCGUUCACCUGUUCUGAGUGUGGGAAGGGAUUCAUUCAAUCAUCUGACCUACUGACACACCAGCGACUUCACACUCAGGAAAGGCCGUUCAUCUGCUCUACCUGUGGAAAGGGAUUUACCAAGUUCUCCAGGAUGAAAACCCACGAGCGAGUUCACACUGGGGAGAGGCCAUUUACCUGCUCUGAGUGUGGGAAGGGAUUCACCCGGUCAUCCACCUUGAUGAAACACCAGCAAAUUCACACCGGGGAAAGGUCGUUCACCUGUCCCGAGUGUGGGAAGGGAUUCACUCAAGCACGGCAUCUGAAGAAGCACCAGCAAAUUCACACUGGGGAGAGGCCGUUCACCUGUUCUGAGUGUGGGAAGGGAUUUGUUCAAUCUUCGGAGCUAUUGACACACCAGCGGGUUCACACAGGGGAGAGGCCGUUCACCUGCUUUGUGUGUGGGAAGGGGUUCAUUGGAUCAUCUGACCUACUGACACACCAGCGAGUUCACUCUGGGGAGAGGCCGUUCACCUGCUCUACUUGUGGGAAGGGAUUUACCAAGGUCUCCAACAUGAAAACCCACCAGCGAGUUCACACUGGGGAGAGGCCAUUUACCUGCUCUGAGUGUGGGAAAGGAUUCACUCGGUCGACCAUCUUGAUGAAACACCAGCUAAUUCACACCGGGGAAAGGUCGUUCACCUGUUCUGAGUGUGGGAAGGGAUUCACUCAAGCAUGCCAUCUGAAGAGGCACCAGCUAAUUCACACUGGGGAGAGGCCGUUCACCUGUUCUGAGUGUGGGAAGGGAUUCAUUCAAUCUUCAGAGCUACUGGUACAUCUGCGGGUUCACACGGGGGAGAGGCCGUUCACCUGCUCUGUGUGUGGGAAGGGAUUCAUUGGAUCAUUUGACCUACUGACACACCAGCGAGUUCACACUGGGGAGAGGCCGUUCACCUGCUCUACCUGUGGGAAGGGAUUUACCAAGUUCUCCAGCAUGAAAACCCACCAGCUAGUUCACACUGGGGAGAGGCCAUUUACCUGCUCUGAGUGUGGGAAGGGAUUCACUCGAUCGAGCAUCUUGAUAAAACACCAGCUAAUUCACACCGGGGAAAAGUCGUUCACCUGUUCCGAGUGUGGGAAGGGAUUCAUUCAUUCAUCUACAUUACUCAGACACCAGAGAGUUCACACUGGGGAGAGGCCGUUUAUCUGCACUGGGUGUGGGAAAGGAUUCACACGAUUUUCCCACCUGAUGACCCAUCAGCGAGUUCACACCUUGGAGAAACCAUUUGCCUCUCCCAGUUCACAUCCACACUCAUUCAGUUCACCAGCACCUGAAUGUGUGAGAGGCAUUCACAGCAUGGAGAAAUUAUUCCCCAGCUCUGUGUAUGGGCAGGGAUUCACUGAACCUUCCCACCUGAUGCCCCACCAGCAGGUUCAUCCUGUGGAGAAACCAUUUGUCUGUCCCGAUUGUGGGAAGGGAUUCACUCAAACGUACAACCUGAAUCGACACCGACAAACUCACACCGGGGAGAGGCCGUUCACCUGUUCUGAGUGUGGGAAGCAAUUUGCUCAGUUAAUCCACAUGAAAAGACAUCAGCGAAUUCACACCGGGGGAAGGCCGUUCAUCUGUUCUGGGUGUGGGAAGGGAUUCAUUGGAUCAUCUGAGCUACUGAGGCACCAGCGAGUUCACACUGGGGAGAGGCCGUUCACCUGCUCCGUGUGUGGGCAGGGGUUCACUGAUACCUCCCAACUGGUGACCCACCAACGAGUUCACACAAAGGAGAAACCAUUUACCUGUCCCGAGUGUGGGAAGGGAUUCACUCAAGCAUGCCAUUUGAAGAGGCACCACCAAAUUCACACUGGGGAGAGGCCGUUCACCUGUUCUGAAUGUGGGAAGGGAUUCAUUCAAUCUUCGGAGCUACUGAUACACCAGCGGGUUCACACUGGGGAGAGGCCGUUCACCUGCUCUGUGUGUGGGAAGGGAUUCAUUGGAUCAUCUGACCUACUGACACACCAGCGAGUUCAUACUGGGGAGAGGCCGUUCACCUGCUCUACCUGUGGGAAGGGAUUUACCAAGUUCUCCAGCAUGAAAACCCACCAGCUAGUUCACACUGGGGAGAGGCCAUUUACCUGCUCUGAGUGUGGGAAGGGAUUCACUCGGUCGACCAUCUUGAUAAAACACCAGCAAAUUCACACCGGGGAAAGGUCGUUCACCUGUUCCGAGUGUGGGAAGGGAUUCAUUCAUUCAUCUACGUUACUCAGACACCAGAGAGUUCACACUGGGGAGAGGCCGUUCAUCUGCACUGGGUGUGGGAAAGGAUUCACACGAUUUUCCCACCUGAUGACCCAUCAGCGACUUCAUACCGUGGAGAAACCAUUUGCCUCUCCCAUUUCACAUUCACACUGAGGGGAAAAUUUUAAUAAGUUUUUGGUUUUGUGUUUAACCAUCACAGUCGUUGAAUCCCGUUGCAAGCCCACAAGUAACUGCUGGUCUAGUUUAGAGAUACAGCACAGAAAUAGGCCCUUCGGCCCACCGGGUCUUCGCCAACCAGUGAUCCUCGCACAUUAACACUAUCCUACACCCACAAGGGAUAAUUUUUACAUUUACCAAGCCGAUUACACUACAAACUUAUAUGUCUGGAAUGUGGGGAAAAACCCAUGCCGGUCACGGGGAGAACGUACAAACUCCGUACAGACAGCACCCGUAAUCGGGAUCGAACCCGGGUCUCCGGCGCUGCAUUCACUGUAAGGCAGCAACGCAACCGCUGCGCCACCGUGACUGCAGUUGUACUCUGCAGUUGCUGCUGGUGUUCAUUGCUGAGUUUGUUCUGCUGUUGUUUCUAAUUCUAUUACUGGGCUGUUAAUAACAAGGCUGGAGUUUAAUAUUCUAGCUUUGUGACUAAUAAAUGUAUUCUGUCGAAAA